AUGUUGUCUCCAGAUUUGGAAAUUGAUACGACUGCGGAAGACACAUUGGCCAGCUCCCCGAACGCAGAGACGGACACGCCGGCAAGUCUGGAUGUUCGGGAGGAGCAGCGGCCGGUGAAGCAGUCCCUCAGUGCGUCCAUGUGUCGGGAGUCCCAUUGGCGCUGCUUGCUGCUCUCGCUCCUCAUGUACAGCUGUCUGGGCGCCGUGGCCUGGUGUCAGCUCACCAGCGUGACCAAGCUGAGCUUUGACUCGUCCGCCACCUCCUCCCUGACCGCCUCCAUAACCUCCAUGCGUGGUGGCACAGGCGGGGGAGCCGGAGCAGGCCGCUCCAUGAUCUACCACGACAGCCCGUGCGCCGACGGCUACGUCUACAUCCCCCUGGCGUUCCUGCUCAUGCUGUACGCGGUGUACCUUGUGGAGUGCUGGCACUGGCAGGUGCGCAGCGAGCUCCAGACGCGGGCCAACGUGGAAAGCGUGUACGAGCGCGUGCUGCGCAUGCGUCAGGCGCGGCCCUGCAUUUGGUGGAAGGCCAUCAGCUACCACUUUGUGCGGCGCACCCGGCAGGUGACACGCUACCGCAACGGCGACGCGUACACUACCACGCAAGUGUACCACGAGCGCGUCAACACACACGUGGCCGAGGGCGAGUUCGACUACAACCUCUGCGGCAUGCGGGAUGUCUCGCGGGACCUGCAAGGCCUGGAGGGCCACUCGGCCACGCGCCUUCGCUUCACUAAGUGCUUUAGCUUUGCCGGCGCUGGGCCCGAAAACGCCUACCUCAACCAGCGCGCGCGCUUCUUUUCCGAGAUCGAGGGCCUGGACGACUACAUGGAAGCACGCGAGGGGAUGCAACUGAAAAAUGUGGAUUUUAAAGAGCACCUCUUGGCCUAUGUGGAUCUGGACCGGCUCCCGUGGUACGACUCCCACAUGGCUUUCUGGCUGGCCGCUAUGCUCAUGCUCUCUUGGCCGCUAAGGGUGCUGAUCGAGUACCGCACCGCCUUCGUCCACUAUCGAGUGGAGAAGCUGUUCGGGCUGGAGUACAGCAGCCCCUCUCCAGAGGAGGAGGAGGUUCCGGUGCGGAACGGCCUGCCGGUGGCGGGCUGCAGCCUGCCCAGGGCGGAGACGCUGGACAGCACGGAGCUGGAGUGGCACAUCCGCUCCAACCGCCAGCUCAUCCCGAGCUACUCGGAGGCCAUGCUGAUGACCGUGGGGGCCUCAGGCCAGACCGAGUGCCGCUCCUCCAACUGCCUCCUGCUGGACAACCGGCCGGCUCGGAGCUACGGGACGCUGGUGCAGGACUGCGAGCAUUGCCGGCGUCUCCAGGGCGGCGCCAGAGCUGCCGGCGGCGGUGGGACAGAGGGUGUCCCCGCGAGGCGGAUGGCGCUGCUGAGCUCCAGCUGCUCGUCCAUCUUCUCGCGGCACGCCUUCCACUCGCGGCUGUCGCUGGACACGUCGCGCUUCUCGCUGUGCCGCAUGUAUGGAUCGCAGCACACGGUGGGCCUUUGGCGAAGCCGCAGCAGCACGCUGACUGGCGGCGGCGAGCACUGCUGCCCGGACGAACAGUGCUGCCGCUCCUACUCCAGUCAGAUGGCGCUCAAUGACAGCCCGCCCACGUACCGUGAUGCGCGCUUCUUCCCCGUGCUCAUCGUGCACCGGCCCGAGGGCUGCGGAGACGCCAGUGAGGUGCGGCGGUACUACGUGCGCCGAGGGUCUUGUUGCCUCGAGACUUCGCUGUGA